UAUAAAGUAAUUUUAUUUCAUUAUCACUCUAUAAGCAUAUAAUUAUCAAAAUAUAUCACCCUCUCUCUCUCUCUCUCUCUUAGACCCCUUAAAGGAAACAUCUUUAGAUUCCGUCUAGGCCAAUGCAGUCAUAAACAAUCUUAAAUAAGACAGAAGAUCUAUUUUAAGUCCAGGAGUUGUUCUGGAAACCUUGUUACAUUCCAAGUAGUCAUUUCCUUUGAUAGAACCUUGAGGGAACUUGUGAGAAGGACCACUUGUCAACAGCUGCAUUGUUACCGUGUAAGGGAAUGGUCUUUCAGUUUAGAGAUGGAAGUCAAUGCUGGAGGUUCCCAUUCCAAUUAGAAACAAGCUUUAGAGUGUCCAACAUCCACCAAUAAAGGAAAUAAGCCCAUGGAAAAAGAAGUGAGCAAGACCACUUCUGUGUUUGUCAAUCAUGCUGCAAUUGCUUGGCAUGAGAGUAGAAGAAAGUGGAUAGGAGAUAAAUCUCAAAAAUCAAAAACAAUGGCAAAGGAUCCAAUCAUAAGCUGGUCAACAACCUAUGAUGAAUUGCUUUCAACUAAUGAACCCUUCUCUGAGCCUAUCCCUUUACCUGAGAUGGUAGAUUUUUUAGUUGAUAUUUGGCAUGAUGAAGGCCUCUUUGAUUAAAUAAUAAAUGGUAACAUCAUAGUUGCAGUGUGAUCAGAGACUAAUACAAGGUAAAGAAUUAAACUCUUUAGCAACUCGAAAUGCAGACCGAUUUCUUGUUGCUAAUUCGUCUAUUAUCAAAGUAUAAUGUUAAGAGCCUCCAAUGUACCUUCAAUUGAUACCUGCAAGACUAGUUAGCAAUCAAGUUGUGAUGUAAUUUGAAAAUUGUACCUCUCAUUUCUAGCCAAAGAAUAUAGUUUUUAAGUAAUUUUUAAGCCUUG